UUACACGGCGAAUUGGUGACUGAUUGUCGCUGCCGCUAUCGACCAGUGAGCCACGAGAAUCGGCCUGGAGCAAAACGACGACGAAAGCCAGCAAGAACGGCAGGAUGUUGCCAUCGCGGUGGCGUUUCUUCCUCUCAUUAUGCCUCACCACUAGCAUAUACACCCAGCUCGUUGCCUCCCAAACACAGGCUCAACUCGUCGGCUGCGAAACCCUGGGCUGUUCCUCCACAGGCUGCACAUUAGGCAACGUAACCAACGCGUUCCUCGGAGCCACAAGCUUCAACGCUAGUCUUCCAACAUCAACAUCAUCAUCUCCUACCCAAGUCGAAUUGACAUGGACUGUCGGCGCCUUAGCACAAUCACCACCACAAACCUCAGGUUCGAGCUCGUCAACGAAAGACACACUGUUCACCAAGAACUUCUACCUGGGCUAUCCCCCUAGCCUCAACCUCACCACCGACUCCACUGGUGGAUGCGCGCUAUUUUUCGAAGGCAUCGCACGGAGCAUACCGCUCAACGGAAGUGAAUACGGGAGUAUGACGUGCCAGUCAGCGCUGGGUACCCAGUGUACGAGCGAUCUUCUCACGCAGGCGGAGGGACUGGUCAACACCAAAUCCAACACGGUGUGCGCAGAUCUGCAGAGUCAUAUGCAGGCUAGUCCGCCUUCCAGUUGUUUGGGUGUGGCGACGGUGACUUGGGGGUCUGUCGUUGCGAAAGAUCUCACCAGCCCUCAAGCGAUUUCCCAGACAAGUUGUCACCCAUCCGUCGCCGGUGCAGGAUACGACGUCGCACUGAUUGAAACUCAAACCGUCCGAUCGGAAGACGUAUCGAGCGAUCUCGCGCCCUUCUUGUACAGUCUCACUCCCGUCUUGUCCGUGUUCUACUCGGACAGUCAGACAGCUACUACGAAAACAUACCUAUCGUGUCUGAAAGUCAUUGACGCGGCGGCUGGUUCGGUCACGACCACGACGCAGACCAGUGGUGCUCUCGACUUGCCAGUCGGCAGGCUUGUGACAAAGGAAUUAUUGCCGCUCGCGCUUGGAGUAAUACUCACCGGUGUGCUCGGAUGGGUGUGAAGAUGGUGUAUAGGGAAACAAUUUCAAAACUCACACGUUCACCGUUUCAUUUUGACUAUGGGAUUUCAUUCUGUUCAGCUCCUAAUGCUAUCAAAUACGUCUCUGCACACUUUGGGUCCUGGAUACACUCAACAUGUGGUGCAAUCA